UGCUGCGUUGCCAUGGGGUCUUUCAUGGGUUGCAAGAUUCUGAAGGAUGACUAUUGCUGAUUUCUGUGAUGCCACUUGAAGUCUCCCGUGCUGUGGAUUGAUAAGUAACGGGCAGGUUUAACUGCACAACCUGGGAAGAAAGCAUCAGGAGUGCUAGUCCUUUUCAGUUCCUUAAGUAGAUAGCAGUACAGUGCCAUCUGUCUGCAAGGGAAGAUUCUUCAAUAGCUUUCUACAGCUAAUAAAAAAGACAAAAUAGUAUCAUCGACCUUCCUGAUUUACAGUGCAUUGCUUUCCAAGACAGAUGGUCUGUCAGAAGCUGGAGGAUGCCCGCAGAGCACAUAAUAAUGAAGUAGUGAAGUGAUACUGCUGCUGCUGCCACUUGAUUGUCAGGAUCACAGCUGAUAGAACUGCACUGCCCUUUUCUACUUGCUUAAUCAGGCCAGAAAUAGCAGGGUGGACAUGGCUGGCUUCAUUAGCAACCUGCUAAUCCUGCUUCUUCUGUUUCAAAACAUCUGUUUGGGUUUCAGAAGCCCACUUUCAGUCUUCAAGAGAUAUAAAGAUACCAGCAGAUCUCAUUCCGCUGAAUGCCUUGGAAGCGACCAGCCGGUGAUUUCCUUGGGUCUGUCAGAUUUUGCACUUGACAUCCGCAUGCCUGCGGUGACACCUAAGCAGUCUGAUACCUACCUCUGCAUGUCAGUACCCCUGCCGGUGAAUGAUGAAGCCUAUGUAGUUGACUUUAAGCCUCAUGCCAGCAUGGACACAGUUCAUCACAUGUUACUCUUUGGAUGUAAUGAACCUUCCUCUACUGAAAAUUACUGGGACUGUGAUGAAGGAACAUGCAAAGAUAAAUCUAACAUUUUGUAUGCUUGGGCAAGAAAUGCUCCACCCACCAGGCUGCCCAAAGGUGUUGGAUUCAGAGUUGGAGGAGAAACGGGUAGCAGAUACUUUGUUCUUCAGGUACACUAUGGAGAUGUUAGUGCUUUUAGAGAUAAACACAAGGACUGCUCUGGUGUAACUUUACAUCUGACACGUCAAAAGCAACCCUUGAUUGCGGGAAUGUAUCUUAUGAUGUCUGUGAACACGGUCAUACCACCAGGCAAGAAAGUGGUUGAUGCAGACAUUGCCUGCCAUUACAAAAGGUCUCCAAUGCACCUUUUUGCCUACAGAGUUCACACGCACAGACUAGGUAAAGUAGUGAGUGGAUACAGAGUGAGAAAUGGUCAAUGGACAUUGAUUGGCAGACAGAGUCCACAACUACCCCAGGCAUUCUACCCUGUGAAAUAUCCGGUAGACAUUAGCUACAAUGAUAUCCUAGCAGCCAGAUGUGUGUUCAGUGGGGAAGGCAGAACUACAGAGACACAUAUAGGGGGCACUGCCGAGGAUGAAAUGUGCAACUUUUACAUUAUGUACUAUAUGGAAGCCAAGCAUGCUGUCUCAUAUAUGACCUGCACACAGAAUGCAAACCCUGAAAUGUUCAGGAAUAUUCCACAGGAGGCAAAUAUUCCUAUUCCAGUCAAGUCUGAUGUGCUGAAGGUGAUGCAUGGACAUCAUGAAGAAACCAAGGAUAGUGAUACAAAUUCUUUGCUGCAGCAGGACAAAAAAGAGGAAGAGAUUUUGGAUCAUGAAACCAAGGAUAGUGAUGCAAGUUAUUUUCUGCAACAGGCCAAAAAAGAAGAGGCAGAGAUUUUGGAUCAGGGUGAUUUCUAUUCACUCCUUUCUAAGCUGCUAGGAGAAAGGGAAGAUGUUGUGCAUGUGCAUAAGCAUAACCCUACAGAAAAAGCAGAAUCAGAUCUUGUAGCAGAGAUUGCUAAUGUAGUCCAAAAGAAGGAUCUUGCCAGAGAGAUCACAAAUCAUGAUGAAAGGGACAAUACUAUUCUUGUCAGAGACAGAAUUCAGAAAUUUCACAGACUAGAGUCUACCCUGAGACCACCAGAGAACAGGCAUUUCUCUUUACAACAGUCUAAGGAUGAUGAGGGAAGCUGGGAAAAAGAGCAUAAAGGAGAUUUCCACAUAGCAGAGGCUGUGGAGUGGCCUGGGUUAGACCUCAAACUAGGCCAAGUUUCUGGAUUGGCUCUGGACCCUGAAAAUAACCUAGUUGUCUUCCACAGAGGUGAUCAUGUUUGGGACGAAAAUUCUUUUGACAGCAAAUUUGUCUAUCAGCAAAGAGAACUUGGACCAAUUGAACAGAACACAAUUAUUGUCCUGAAUCCAAGUAAUGCAAAACUGAUUCAUUCCACAGGCAAAAGUCUAUUUUAUUUACCACAUGGUUUGAGUGUAGAUAAAAAUGGUAACUACUGGGUCACUGAUGUAGCUCUUCAUCAGGUUUUCAAACUAGGAGCCAAUGACAAAGAGCCAUUGCUGAUCUUAGGAAUGGCUUUGCAACCAGGCAGUGACAAAAAUCAUUUCUGUCAACCAACUGAUGUGGCCGUGGACCCGAUCACUGGCAACAUUUAUGUCUCUGAUGGCUACUGCAACAGUCGGAUUAUUCAGUUCUCUCCAAAUGGACUGUAUGUGAUGCAGUGGGGAGAAGGUACAGUCAGGGCUCUUGAGACUUCUCUAGGCAGAUCCAGGCCUGGACAGUUUCGUAUCCCCCACAGCUUAGCCCUGAUAACUGACUUAAGUCAGCUGUGCGUUGCAGACAGAGAAAAUGGUCGAAUUCAGUGCUUCAGGUUGGAGACUGGGGAGUUCACAAGAGAGAUCAAACACAAAGCAUUUGGAAGGGAGUUGUUUGCAGUUUCAUAUGUUCCAGGUGGUCUUCUCUUUGCAGUUAAUGGAAUGCCUUAUCCUGGAGAGGCAGAAUCAGUGCAAGGAUUUGUGAUGAACUUCUCUACUGGAGAAAUAAUUGAUACUUUCAUUCCACUUAGAAAGAGCUUUGAGAUGCCACAUGAUAUUAUUGCUUCAGAAGAUAGAACAGUAUUUGUUGGAGAUGUUCAUGCCAAAACAGUGUGGAAGUUUGCAUCUGCUGAAAAAAUGGAACAUCGGUCAGUUAAAAAGGCUGAUAUUGAGGUACAGGAGACAAAAGAAUCAGAAACAAUUGUUGAAGCCAGAUUGAAAAACAAGCCAGAGUCGACAUACUCUCUAAAGAAUAUGGAUAAACAACACUUGGUCCAACAGGCCAGCACCACUGGAGUUUCCUUUGUUCUUAUUACAACUCUUCUUAUUAUCCCUGUUGUCGUCCUGCUGGCAAUUUUAGUAUUUAUUCGGUGGAGGAAGACAACUGUCUAUGGAGGGAAAGGUGGUGGUGGAAUUAACCUUGGGAACUUCUUUGCAAAUCACAAAAGCUACAGCCGAAAAGGGUUUGACCGGCUGAGCACUGAAGGAAGUGAUCAAGAAAAAGAUGAAGAUGACGGCACCGAUUCUGAGGAAGAGUGUUCAGCAUCUUCACUGCCACCAGCACCUUCAUCAUCCUGAAACCAAACUUUGAGUUCUCCAUUAUACAGUUCAACCCAGAAUGACAGAUUCCUCUUCCCUUAAGCACGUUUAAGAUCUUGUAUAUUUAAUUGUAAACUGUUCUAGUCUGUGUGGGACUGUACACUGGUUCCUUUAAUUUUAGUUUGGUUUCAGUUAUGUGUUUUAAGUGGAGGAGUGUAUGGAAAAUCCAUAUCAGUGCUGUUGGUUUUUAUGUGAACAUCUUAAUAAAGCAAAGUCUUCUAAUUGCAGGAUGAUUUAAAGCAGUAGUAUUUUAUCAUCAAAUAUGGGGAUCUUGUAAAUAAGUCUUACUAUCUGCUUCAUCAAAAUAUUUUUACCGUAAUUAUUCAGUUGCCAAUUUCUGUUUUGUGCCUUUCCUCUUCAAUGUCCUUAACCUGUUGCAGUACAGAGAAUAUACAGUGCCACAAGAAAA